AAGGCAUGAAUUAUCCCAUUGAAAUCCAAUUCGAUGAUGGGAGAAGCUGGUUAGCACGCAUUCGAAGAUUCAAUGCCACCAUUUUCCGACUCCGAAGGUAUAUGAAUAUAGCAUUGAGGGUGAGGAUGCUGUUGGUAUCGGAUACAUUCUCCUAGAGAAAAUGCCUGGAAAGUCAUUGCGAUGGUCUCUUACGUCUCCAAAGCUAUGAGAGAGAGUCAUGAGUCAGCUGGCAGACAUAUUCAUCGAACUGAGCAAACCCCCUUUUGACCUCAUGGAAUCCUUUGACCAACUGAACCCCGAUCACAUUAGGCUUUAUGCCAGAGAGUCCCUGACGGAUUAUGAUGAUGGCUCCAUGCUUCCUCUUGGCCCUUACAAAAACCGCAGAGACUACCCCCAAGCCAGCAUCAGCUGAUGCUAGAC